AUGACCGACCCCAACCUCACUGGGACCAACAGCUGCAGGGGCUGCAGCACAGCGGUGUCCCCGAGCAGUGCCAGGUGCUGCCCCACACUGCAGGAUGAAACCGCCCUCCUGCUCCCAUCCACCACAUCUCCUCCCAGCAACUCCAUAAGCAGCAACGCGACCCCUGGGUCACCGAAACAGAUCACGGAGCUGCAGGAAUACGUGCUGUUCCCGCUGCGCUUCGCCCUCAAGGUGCCCGGGCCCAGGCGGGAGCGCGUGGUGCAGCGCGUGCUGCAGUGCCUCCGUGCCGUGCUGCUCGGCACCCGCGUCACCGACCCGCGGCUGCUGCGGGAGCUGCUGUCCGAGCUCUGCUCCUGCCUGCCCGCCCCGCACGGAGCCCCGGCGCCGGCCGAGGAGCUGCAGCUGGCCGCGCUGCGGGCGCUGCUGGCCCUGAUGCGUUCCGCUCAGAGGGAUGCCGUCGCCGCUCUGUACCGGCCUUCCUGCCUCCCGCUCCUCGGCUUCGCCGUAUCUCUGCUCCUGGGUCUGGCGGAGCGAGAGAGGGCGAAGCAAAUUAAGCUGUCCGCUUUGGAGUGCUUGCGGGUCCUCCUGCUGCAGGGCGAGUGCCAGGAGCACCGGUGGCUACGCGAGGAGCAGGCGCAGCGAUGCGGGGAUUUGUUUGCUUCUUUUCUGCCCGGCGUUUCUCUUGCACUGUCUCGGAUUAUCGCUGGAGAUGUCAAACAAGGGCACGGAGUCACGGUUUCUGCCAUCAGACUCUUUUAUCAGGUCGUUGUCUCGGUAAUGGCUGAUGAGCAGCUAGCCAGAGUCCCGAAGCAGAAAGAAAAGCCGCCGGUAGAACAAAGUAGGAUAACAGAACUGAUUGUCCAUAGAGGGCCCGAGUGGAGCAAAAGUACCUCGGAAAAACUCUCCCUCCUCCUUCGUAAAAUCGUCGAACUUUCUUCGGUUCACUCUCACUGGAGAGUGAGACUGGAGCUGGUGGAACUUGUCCAUCACUUGCUGAGCAACUGCAGGCUGUCGCUGGUGGAUUCGUUCACCCACCUUCUAAAGGCCUUGGUGGGGCUGGUUAACGAUGAGAACAGCGAAGUGCAAAGCAGGUGUAACGAAGUGCUGCAAGGCAUUGCAGAGCAGCAGGUGAUAGCACAGAACAGGGCUCUCGCUGACGUUCUCUCAGAGAACCUCCAUUCCCUUGCCACAGCCCUUCCUCGCCUGAUGAACUCUCAGGAUGACGCAGGCAAGUUUUCCACUUUGAGCUUAUUACUUGGCUACUUGAAGCUGCUGGGCCCCAAGAUUAACAUCGUCCUCAACUCCGUGUCCCACCUCCACCGCCUGUCCAAAGCACUGAUGCAGGUUCUGGAGCUGGAUGUGACGGAUGUGAAGAUAGUGGAAGACAGACACUGUGUGGGUGGGUACGACCCCUCGGGCUCUGUGCAGCACGGUGUGCAGAAAGGCAGAAGUCAAAGAAAAUACUUCCGCUUCUUCACGGAGGAAAAAAUUUUCCAGCUCCUUCAGCAAGUUUGUCGUGUUCUCGGCUACUAUGGGAACAUCUAUUUGCUUGUGGAUCAUUUCAUGGGGCUGUACUGUGAGUCUGCUGUGUACCGAAAGCAGGCUGCCAUGGUCCUCAAUGAGCUGAUUGUGGGAGCUGCUGGCGUGGGGGUGGAUGUCCUUCAGGAAAGGGAAGUUUCACUGAGCAUGGAUGAUCUCAAAGGGUCCGUAACGUCCAUUCUUGAGGAGUACACAGACCAGACAAACUGGUAUUUGGUCACUAGCAUUGACACAGAGGAAAUCAGCCACGAGCAGCUCUCUGUGCCACGCUCAGGACUUGCUGCCCUCCCAGGAGCUGCAUGCAGCAGCAUUCUGCCAUCCCCAGACCCUCACGUAACGACUCGCACCAUGAACAGCAACGUGUGGCAGCUCUGCAUCCAGCUGGAGGGGGUCAGCUGCUUUGCAGCUGUCCUGGGGAGAGAGUUCCGCUUGCUUCUGCUGUCAGCUCUCUACCCAGUGUUGGAAAAGGCUGGCGACAAGACUCUGCUCAUCAGUGAGACAGCGCAGGGGACGCUGGUAGACAUAUGCGAGGCCUGCGGUUAUGACUCUGUGCAGAGUCUGAUUAAUGAGAAUUCUGACUAUCUGGUGAAUGGGAUUUCCCUGAACUUGCGUCAGGUGGCACACCAGCCACAUGCUGCCCAGGUCCUGAGCACGAUGCUGAGGCACUCGGAUGCCAGCUUGCUGCCACUGGUAGAAGACGUUAUUCAAGAUGUCCUGUCUGCAUUAGAUCUGUCUUACAGUGACCAGGCUUCUACCUUCCUCGGUGUCCUCCACUCCUUAAUGGCAGCUCUAGUCCAGUGGUUUGGGCCGUCCUGCAGCAAGGAGCACCAGCAGAGGCAGGCUGCGGAGGGGCAGAGCAGGACUUUGUCCCAGACGCAGCAGGAGAUAACAAGUCAAGAAAUGGAGCGAUUCUUCCUCGACUACGUCAAGCAGAAGCAGAUUGCAGAGGGCAACCUUUCUGACUCGGGUGACGAGGAGGCAGACGAGGUUCCCUCCCUUGCUAAGCCCGAGCCAAGCAACUCUGAUGCAGAAGGAGAAACUCCACUGCCAAGCCAUGCUCAGCUGGCCAAAGAUGUGAUGGAGAGGUGCAUCCAUUUGCUGUCUGACAGGAACCUCCGUGUGCGGCUGAAGGUCCUGGACGUGCUGGAGCUCUGUGUAACUGUGCUGCAUCCUCACGGAAACCAUCUGCUUCCCAUGGCUCAUCGUGUCUGGCCAGCUCUUGUCACUCGGCUGAUUAGCGAUGACCCUCUGGCAGUGCUGAGAGCCUUCAAGGUGCUGUGUACCCUGGCACAGAAGUGUGGGGACUUUUUGAGGCAGAGAUUCUCCAAAGAUGUCCUGCCUAAGAUGACCAGCUCCCUCCUCAGCCAAGCUGCAGCAAGUGCUAGAGCUGGGCCUGUAUACAACCACACGCUUGCCUUCAAGUUACAGCUUGCUGUGUUGCAGGGACUGGGUUCCCUGUGCGAGAAGCUGGACAUGGGUGAGAGUGACCUGAAUAAAGUGGCAGAUGCUUGUCUGGUUUACCUCAGUGCCAAGCAACCCAUGAAGUUGCAAGAAGCUGCCCAGAGCGUUUUCCGCCACUUAAUGCGUGUGGACCCUGACAGCACCUGGCUGUUCCUGACUGAGGUGUGCUGCCCACACCCAUACAAGGCACCCCACACCAGCCUGCACCCUGUGAAGCUGCGUGGGAUGGGGAGGCAGCGCGAUGAGUUCACCGACAACAUCCUGCUUCUGCUGGAGGAACUGCAGCAACAGGAGAGAGCUGGGGCACAAAGGGCACCUCCUCCGUGAGGACCUGCACAGCAGCUGGCAGAGGAGAGGAGAACCACCACCAUACAGUGCUCACCUGGGAGAAUCCUGUCAGCGAUGCCCGGAGUCAUUCCAGGGGAAACCACGGCUCUGUUUGGGUACUGACUGAGGCACCGUCCCCAUGGGUGAAAGGUUUUCUUUAAGCAGUGUUUGAAGGUGAGGUGGGUGUCCUGUCCCAGCUCCUCCGGACUUGUACUUUGCACGCUGCGCUGGAGGAGAUCUAAGGGUCAUAGCACAUCUCUUUCCAGAUCUUCAGGACAAAGAGUUAUUUUCCAGACAUGACUUCUCAGCACUCAGUUGACAUCCUCGCAGCACCAGACCAGCACCCCUAGCCCUCACAGCUGUUCUGUCCUGUUCCCCACCUGGAACAUCAGUGCCAACUGAAAACUAAUGCUUAACCCUCCUGGAGAGGCGGCACUUUCAGCACAUUAGAAAUCCUCUUCUGAUAUUAGCUGGAAUCAAGAACAAGAGCUAUAUUCAUUUACAGUGAAUGCCUCACCAGUAUUACUGAGAACAGCAGCAUCCUGCUUUCCCGUUAGCAAUAGCAAGGUUUUUCCCUUAUAGUUAUUUAAGUCAGGCCAAAUGAAUUGUGCUGCCUGAUUCUUGUGUUGAGCCGCGGCAGAUCCUUUAGAUAAACAGCCAGCCUUGAUUUACAACUUGCAAGUGAUUUAGGAGUCCCCCUUAUUCCCAGAUUGCCUGCCAUUUCUUGCAGGCUAUUUCUCAAACCUCUCCAAUUUUUAAUGCCCACCCCAAGGAGAAGCAUCAGGCAGCUGGGUGUGUGCAUGUGGCCAGACGAUGACGUUUGGUGCAAGGCUGCAGGUCCUGCUGCACUCACCUGGGGCUGCCCCGAGCCCUGCAGGCACUGCUCCAUCCAUCCCCAGACUCAUCAGCCUCACCCCACAUGGCCUUUGGCAGCUGACUGCUCACAGACAGAGCCUUGUGAAAGUUUGAUGCUGGUCACGUGGAAGGGAAUCUCGACUCUCACUUCAGAAGCAACCUCAGAAAUAGAAAAUGCAAUGAAAUAAAUGGGUUGUUACAUGGGA